AGGACAAUAUCAUCAAAGUUACCACAGAUGAGAAUGGCGACCAUCUGCAUGGCAAUGAUCUUGUAGGUGAUGGUGAAGUGCAUUAUGACCCUGUCGAAGAAAAUGAUAAUACAACCGACGGCGCUGAAGUCGUUGAAGGAGAACUGAAUCAGAAGGAAAACGCCGAGGAGGUAGAAGUAGUUGGAGCUGUUGUAGAUGAAAACGAAGAAAAUUUGCAAGAACUACAAUACACAGAUGCUGAUUCUCCACAUCUGAAAGACGUAAAUGACGAACGACGCUUUUGCUCUGACGAGGAUGCAGAAAGAGCUGGUCAUCAAGGAGAGGAAGUAAAUCGCAAUCGCGAUACAACAACGGCUAAUGAUCUUCGCGGAGACCACCUAGAGGAGAUACUGCAAGAAGAACAAGUUAACCACGAUGAGAAUUGUGACUCUGUCGCUAAUGUUCUUGGUGGAACUACUGAUGAUCAAGCUGGUGUGCUGGAACCCGACCAACAUGCGCCUCCUGCAGUACUAUGUGAAGAAGACGAUCCUCCAUCCAAUUGCAUUGCCUCCUCCGAGCCUCCACGAGUUACUUCCUCUGAUUCUGCCGUAGUUGUUCCGCCAUCACCGGCUUUGCCUAUGCGCAGCUGUCCAGCUCCCAAAAAGCGGUGGUCUGGAGUCGCUUUUCCUUCCGAGCUAUCACCGAGCAAAGGCGGGUGCUAUUAGAGGCAUUAAAUGAGAUGUGGUUCUGUUUUAGUCUAGGGUCGUGCUAUUAUAGAGGCAUUAGAUAAUGAUGUGGUUCUGUUUACCUUUUUACUUACUAGGAUUACUACAGUGUUCCGUCCUCUGGUGUCUCUUCAUUUUGUCUUUUUGUUCCUUGACCAUGUUCAUUCUGCUUUCGAUCACCGUGACUACCUGGAUUCUAUCUACCUUAAUCAAACUACAUUGAUGCUGAGCUUGUGGUUCCUACCCAGAAUAGUGGAUUACCCUCUUAGAUGUAGUUUUCCAAUUCUCCUCAGAUCCUCAGCGCGUCGACGUCUAUCUUUGCAGCGAACCUCGAGUAUUUACCUUCCGUCAGAGGAAGAUCUGAGCGAUGAGGGUACUCAAAACUUUACAGUUGUUGUUGCAGCCAAGUAGAGGAGGUUUAUCUUGGUUAUUAAAUUUCGUGUCUAAGGUGUAAGCGCAGCAGGAGAAGCAUUAUACGUAAACCUUUCUCGUCCUACUUCCUGUUCAACAUUUAUGUUGUUCGUG